CUCAAUAACAUUUGACGAGAUCACAGUUAUUUACGGUUAAUUUAAAUGAAUUAAAAACAAAAUCGUGUUACCGAUAAAAAGGAAAAUAUCUAUAAAUAAAAAAUAUCUUGUUGCUAUUAGUGUACAAUAUAUAUUUAUGUAUAUUUAUAUUGUACAUUAUUGUAUAUAAAAAGUCAAGGAUAUAAUAAAAAGUGUUAUUUGUAGAUCAUGGAGUUGGCCAGUGUUACAAUUGAUGCAACUCAAUCUAUCCCAGAAAAUGAAGCCAAAACAAAUGAUUCUCAGUACGAUAAGGAUUUAGGUGUCAAGAAAACAUCGAAGCUCUUGUAUGGCAUAAAUGAUAAUCCUCCUUGGUAUCUGAGUAUAUUUUUAGCAUUUCAACAUUAUUUAACAAUGAUUGGUGCGAUAGUUUCGAUACCAUUUAUUUUAACACCAGCUCUUUGUAUGUCAGACGAGGAUCCAAACCGUGGAAUUAUCAUUUCGACAAUGAUUUUUGUAACUGGUAUAGUGACAUAUGUUCAAGCAACCUGGGGAGUUCGUUUACCAAUUGUUCAGGGUGGUACGAUAUCGUUUUUGGUUCCUACAUUGGCCAUACUGGCGUUGCCACAAUGGAAAUGUCCACCCGAUGAUGAAAUCAAAGAAAUGGACGAAGAUAGUCGUCAAGAACUGUGGCAGGUGCGCAUGCGUGAGUUAUCAGGUGCAAUCGCAGUUUCAGCCAUGGUACAAGUCAUUUUGGGUUACACAGGCCUAGUGGGUAAAAUCCUUCGAUUUGUAACUCCCCUGACAAUUGUGCCAACAGUAUCAUUGGUGGGACUAACGUUAUUUGAACAUGCUGCAGAAACAGCCGCGAAGCAUUGGGGUAUUGCGGUAGGGACUACAUCUAUGUUAACAUUAUUCUCUCAAAUAAUGUCAAAUGUUGCCAUACCCAUGCCAGUUUAUCGAAAAGGUCACGGUCUUGAGUUUCGACCAUUUCUGCUGUUUCGUUUGUUUCCGGUGCUUUUAACAAUAAUGUUAAUGUGGGGCCUGUGUGGAAUUCUUACGCUGACUAAUGUAUUCGAGGAAGGUCAUCCAUCUAGGACCGAUGUACGCAUUAAUGUCUUAACUAAUGCUAAAUGGUUUUACAUUCCAUAUCCAGGACAAUUUGGUUUACCAUCUGUUACUUUAUCCGGUGUUUUGGGUAUGCUUGCUGGGGUUUUGGCAUGUACCGUAGAAUCGUUGAGCUAUUACCCAACAGUAUCCCAAAUGGCAGAAGCUCAAUCACCACCAUUACAUGCCAUAAAUCGUGGUAUUGGUACUGAAGGAUUAGGUACAGUUUUAGCUGGUCUUUGGGGUGCAGGCAAUGGUACAAAUACCUUUGGUGAGAAUGUUGGCGCCAUUGGAGUCACAAAGAUCGGAUCUAGACGUGUUAUACAAUGGGCAGCAUUUAUAAUGAUCUUACAAGGUGUUAUUGGAAAGUUUGGAGCUGUUUUCAUUUUAAUUCCAGACUCUGUAGUUGGCGGCAUAUUUUGUGUUAUGUUUGGUAUGAUUGUGGCGUUUGGCCUAUCCACAUUGCAAUAUGUAGACUUACGAUCUGCUCGAAACCUUUACAUACUUGGUCUAUCAAUAUUUUUCCCUAUGGUAUUAUGCAAAUGGAUACAGCAACAUCCGGAUGCCAUUCGAACUGGAAACGAUACAGUUAAUUCGACACUGACCGUGCUAUUGGGUACCACCAUUCUAGUGGGUGGUCUAUUAGGCUGCUUACUGGAUAACAUAAUUCCUGGAACUCCAGAGGAACGUGGACUUGUAAAUUGGGCCAAGGAAAUGCCUCUUGGUGAUGACAAUAUUAACGAUGGUACUGCAACAGAUUAUGAUUUUCCCUAUGGCAUGGAAACGUUAAAGCGCUGGAAGUGGACUUAUUAUGUACCUUUCUUACCCACGUAUAAAUUACAAACAAAAGAUAGUUGAACAUUUAAAAUGUCACUUCAUUUCAACGUACAUAUGUACAUAUGUAUGUACAAUGGAAAUGAUCUUAGAAAAUAGAAUUGCUUUGGAUGGGUCUUAUUCAGUUCAUUAGUUGCUAAAACUAACUAUUGCUAAAUAUACUUAAGUGAAAUCGAAUAACUACAACCCGUAUCGAUAAUCGAUUGAAAGUUAUAAAAUUGGGUAAAUAAUGGUACAUUUUUUGAUUUCUUAAAAUUUUUUCAUAAAAAUCUUAUCUUCUAGAGAAACUAUCUUCAUCAGAAAAAGUACCAUUAUUUAUACAAUCGCACUUAAAUUUAACAUCAGUUAGUUUAGCUACUGAAGAACAAAAUAAGACUUAUCCAAAGCAAAUCUAUUUUUGUAGAUAAUUUUUAUUGAAAAUUUUAUUUUUUUUAUAUUAAAAUUAUUUUACGUUUAUACAUAUCAACAUUUUUACCUAAUAAAUAAACAUUAUUUUCAUUAA